AUAUUGAUACAUGUAUAAAGCGAUUUUUGUCAGUCCAGGCAACAAUUACAUCGAAGGAUUAAGACCUGCUGAACAGUUUUAACUUUUAAGCCGCUGUGUCUAUAACAUGAUGAUACAAUUGUAGCACUCAAAUGCCUCUUAUAGCACAUCAAAUCAGAAUGCCGCUUCCGUUCCAUCUGUGUCACUAAAUAGCAUUUACUGAGAUCACUUGGCAUAUUGAAAAUUACGAACUUGAUCUAAUAACACUACUGAAGUUUUAAUCAUGGAUAUUCACUGGCUAAUGCUUGCCACACUGAUUUUCCGCGAAAUUUGUGCAGCGGAAGAUGAUUUCAACUGGGAUGCGGUUCCUCCACCGGUACCGUUUCCGGUAUUCUCCGCCGAACCAAUGGCACACGAACAGUGCCGUCUGCAGUAUACGACCAACUGUUAUUCGCGGGAGUUUCCGCUGAGCUGGUGCAUCCAAAGUCCGGUACUGAACAUCAACUGUAACAGCAGCGCCACCUCACACGAAAUCCAGCAAAUGGCAGCGGCCUUCGAACAGCCGCCACUGCGACCGGUAUUGGUCGACCUAGAUGAUGGCGAACAAGUAACUAGUGAUAACAUGGCUGCCGUUCGAAACCAAGUCAUCCUCUUAAGCUUGUCCUACUGCGUGUCUCCUCGCACUACCGGCAAGCUGUCGUCGUUGCGUUUCCCUAAUCUUUUAGAUUUAUCGUUAAACAGCUGUUAUAGCCUAAAAAUCAAGCGAUCGGAUUUUUGGCAGUCGAUGAAAAUACGUAUCAUUGAAAUUUUUAAUGGAACCAUUCAGUCUCUGGAGAAAAACACUUUUGCGGAUCUUCCCGCUCUUCGAGUACUGUCACUCGAAGCUGGACUGGAUUCGAUGCUAACAUUUAGUCCUGAGGUGCGAGCCUAUUUGAAAGAACUACACUGCGGCGUUGCGUUCGAAUGGUUUCGCCGAUGGUGGGACAACAAACACCUAUUGAAAAAGGCUGCUUACAACGAAGUGUACCAAAUUUAUCCGUCUGCUUGGGGGAACCACGCUGUUAAUAAAAGGGAAGUGUAUUUGCCUAUUGACUGCGUAGCCAAACCCUUCCCGAUUGGAGCCGCUUCCAUAAAUUUCAACCAGGAGCGCUUCUCAGUGAGCGAUGACCUCUAUAAAGAAAAUUGGCGGCCCGGCGACCCCGUCGAUGCGGAUGACCGAUACCCGGAAUUUUCUAUUGGCGGCCCGGCGACCCCGUCGAUGCGGAUGACCGAUACCCGGAAUUUUCUAUUCAACCGUUUUCCGCAACAGAAUGUGCCGUACAGCAGAUAA